AUGGCGGGACUUAGCGGCCGUCACGCUCGCGAUCUGUUCGUUUAUCUACUUAAUCGGUUUCCUGGGGAUCGGCCUGAGUGUGCUUCUAAAGCGGUUCCGAUUCCAUCCGCUGCAGCUGUCCCUUCCGUUACAGUCUCCUCUGGUACAAUCACGCCGAACACCAGCACUGAAAGCUUGAAAACCUUCGUCUUCAAGUCCGACAGUGCAUCCUCGUUACAAGACGUCCCGCUGCAAGACCUCCCGGACGACGACAUCGCGCGCGCCGUCGCGCGCGGCGCCAUUCCCAUGCACUCCCUCGAGGCGCAACUCGGCAACACCCUCCGCGCCGCCGCGGUCCGGCGGCGCGCCGUGGAGAUUAAAACCGGGCGGUCCUUAGCCGGGCUCCCGCUGGAGAAUUACGACUACGACGUGAUCCGCGGCGCGUGCUGCGAGAUGGUGAUUGGCCACGUGACGAUCCCCAUUGGUGUAGCGGGACCGUUACUUUUGGACGGAACGGAAUUCUUCGUACCGAUGGCUACGACAGAGGGGUGCCUUGUCGCUAGCACGAACCGCGGCUGCAAAGCCAUCUGCGCCGCCGGCGGCGCGCGCAGCGUCGUGCUCCGCGACGGCAUGACGCGCGCGCCCGCCGUGCAGCUCCCGUCCGCGGUCCGCGCGGCGGAGCUGAAGGCGUACGCGGAAAGUCCGCGCAAUUGGGCGGAGCUCGCGGAGGCCUUCAACAGCAGCAGCCGGUUCGCGCGGCUGCGGAGCCUCCGCGUGGCGGUCGCGGGGCGGAACGCGUUUAUCCGCGUGGAGUGCGGCACGGGCGACGCGAUGGGCAUGAACAUGGUUUCCAAGGGCACCGCGAGCGUACUCGGCGCGCUGCGGGACGCGUUUCCGGAUAUGCGGGUUGUGAGCAUGUCUGGGAAUUACUGCGCGGAUAAGAAGGCGACUGCCGUCAACUGGAUCCACGGGCGCGGGAAAUCUGUCGUCUGUGAAGCCACCAUUCCCGGCCACGUGAACCUCCUGUCCUCCCCACCCCAUUGCCCUCCUCACCCCAUUGCCCUCCUGACCCCCCUGUUCAUCCCUGGCCGCGUGACAACGGUUGCCGCCCUGGUGGAGCUCAACAUGGUGAAGAACCUGGUGGGGUCCCCAUUGACUCGACCACUCUGCACCCCUCCGUAUUCCCGGUACCGUCUCCCCUUCUGUUUCCCCUCCCAGGUCGAAACUGUGCUAAAGACAACGGUUGCCGCCCUGGUGGAGCUCAACACCGUCAAGAACCUCGUGGGGUCGGCUAUGGCGGGCGCGGUGGGCGGCAGCAACGCGCACGCGAGCAACAUUGUCACGGCGGUGUUUCUUGCAACGGGGCAGGACCCCGCGCAGAACGUGGAGAGCUCGCAGUGCCUCACGCUGCUUGAGGCCGUCAAUAACGGUGCCGAUCUGCACGUGUCUGUGACCCUCCCUGCGAUUGAAGUGGGCACUGUUGGCGGAGGAACGUUCCUCGCACCGCAGGACCCCGCACAGAACGUGGAAAGCUGGCGCGGGUGGUGGCGGCAGCAGUUGCCUAAACUCUUAUUCUCCUCCCCGCUGCUCUACUUCCCCCUCCCACAGGCAGCAGCGCUGGCCAUGCUGGGCGUGAAGGGCGCGCACAAGACAGAGCCAGGGCUGAAUGCGCAGCAGCUGGUGCGCGUGGUGGCGGCAGCAGUGCCUUUAACCCCUUCUCUUCUCCCCUCCGCUCCCCCUCCCCCUCCUCCACGCGGCAGCACUGGCCCUGCUGCGCGUGAAGGGCGCGCAAGACACAACCAGGGGCAAACGCGCAGCAGCUGA